CAGUGCGGUGACAGACGCCAUGAUUUUACUGUAGUUGGACCAGAAAAUGGAUGCUUCCUGCUAGUCUAGUGGAUAUCUGUAGCUCAUCAGAGAUUUGUGAUGCAGUUCCAGCAGUCUUAGUGAGAGAGGCCACAUGAAGGACACAGACACACAUGUCCGUCUCGUAUAAUUCCCGGCGUUUGUUAAAGAACACAGAAAGAAACGGCUGUCGCAUGUUGAAGAGUUAGUAAAAGCUAGCUGGCUAAUGCUAGCAGUCAGCAGCUCUACAGGGCAGCUAAUGCUAGCUGAAAGAAGCUAAUAGCCGGCUGAAGAUAAAAAUAAUAAUAUUAUUUAUUGCUGAGCUAUAGGACAAGUCAAGUCGGAACAAAGGCUACACCUUAAGGUAUGGCCUGGAUUUGAUUUGGACCGUGCUGGUGAUGGCAGAAGGGACUGACACUGGCGAAAUGCCCUCCUUCGAUCCAAGUCCUACUUCUGAAGCAAAAAAGAGACCUACUUCUUCUGAUGGGAGAGAGGAGCCCAUGAGGAAAAUGCCUGUGUCAAAAUUUGGUUCCAGACCCCGAUUUGAGCCUGUACAUUUUGUCAGUGGUGGAAGUAGCUGUGGAAGUGGUGCAGAUGAGAAGGAGAAUGAUAAGGAACGCAGGAGGAGUGAGUCGUACAGUGUGAGACAGUGGGACUCUGAACACUCAUCCUACAGCAGCACCAGUCGAAUGCAGGGUUCCUCAUCUCUGAGGCCUGCGUUUGACAGAGUGCCAUCCUACAGCUCUGACUCUUGGGGUUCCCAUAGAGAUAGGGACAGAGACAUUUCCUCUGGUAGUACGAGUGGGCUGGGUUAUGGAGGCCGUGGCUCGGCCACCAACUUCAUGUCAAAAACACAGCAGGACUACACAGCCAAGUAUGAGGCCCACUCCUCUCGAAAUUCAGAUUCUUAUUCUCAGCCCAACAGAUACAAUGGGUAUGGAAACAGGUCGGGAUGCUGGGACUCAGGACGUCAAGGUUUGGGGUACAGUCAUCAGGACCGGCCAUCAGCAAGUAGGCCAUUCAGCAGAGUCUACAACAGUCCAGGCAGGAGCAGUCCCACCACUUCUCAGUCGGGGGCUUCUUCACAACCUCUUCCUGUAUCUCAGUCAACAUUAGAUGAGAAGCAGAGACUGAUAGCUAAUGUAGCGUCUGCUUUGGUCGUCGCCUUUAGGGACCCUAUGUUUAUGACUGGUAGUGACUCGCCAAACUAUAAUUUUAUGUUGAGCCGCAGCAUCCAGGCCUGUAAGACCAAUCCUGAAUAUAUUUAUGUCAACCUGAAAGAUAUUCCUCAGGCUGACCUACCAAAGAACAGGAAAGUACCCACAGAUGGCUACGCCUGUGAACUGAGAUGUCAGGGUGUUUAUCUUGCUACUGGAUACUCGGGCAGUAAAAAUGGAGCAAGGGACCGUGCCUCUGAGCAGGCUGUGAAACUCUUCCUGAAACCAGUUGAAGUUCGUGUUGUGCAGCGCAAAUACAGACAUUCAGUAGUCAAUGACAUGGUUGUGUGCCAGAUGCACAGCCCAACCCCAGCCUUUUUACCUGCACUUCGAAACCCAGAGGACAAACCGACACCAAGCUCUAAAGGGCAGUAUGAGCCUGACAAACGGAAACACUGGUCUGAGUUUGUGGUUAUGGAUAAUGCUCACGAUGCGAUCUGCAUACUCAACAAUUCUGCAGCUUACAAUCGCAUGAAAAUAGACUAUAAGUUCGACCUGCUACCUAACAGUGCUUGGCUUUGUAGUGUCUUUCUGCAAGAUGAGCUGGUGGCACAGGCAACUGGUACUAAAAAGAGCUCAAAGCAUGCAGCGGCCGAGGAGGCGGUAAGGAAACUUCGUAUGAACCAGGCAGCACGACAGCAGCAGCAACAACAACAACAACAACUGCAGCAACAGCAGCAGCAACAACAGUCCCAGUACUUCAGAGGAAAUAAUCAAUCAGAUUCUGGACGCUUUGGACAACUGGGUGGUAAAAAGAAGCAUCUUAGUGAACUGGUUAUCCUUGAGAAUUCUGACAACGCUAUCUGUAUUAUUAAUGAUACUGCUCAGUUUAAUAAAGUGAGUGCAGAUUACAAAUUCACAGUUCUGCCUGAUCAUCGUUGGAGGUGUGAGGUUUAUUUGGAAGGACAGUAUGUUGCAGCAGGAAUAGGUCCAAAGAAAAUUGUGAAGCACAUUGCAGCAGAAGAGGCUCUAGCCACCUUGAGACAGACACAGGCUGUGGUUAAAUCCAACCUUAGGAAGGAGGGUCACAGCGAUGCCAUAUCACGCUCCCAGAUUAUGGCUCGCUCUGGUGAGGAGGCCACGAAGCAGGAAAUUAAAGAGGACAACAUCGGAAACCAGCUACUCCGCAAAAUGGGAUGGAAGGGUGGUGGUCUGGGCCGAGACGGGGAAGGAAUCGCAGAACCUAUCAAAGUCAAGGAGCAGUUCUCCAGAGAAGGACUGGGCAUGGACACAGAUAAAACUGGAAAUCAGCUCAGCAAGCGUGAUAUUGAGGACAUCAUUCGUAACUAUGCCAGCUCCGACCGUCAGGACGAUCUCCGCUUUUCCACUGACCUCACCAAUGAUGAACGCAAGCAGAUCCACCAGAUAUCCCAGAAAUACGGUCUAAGGAGCAAGUCAUAUGGGCAGGGAAGACAACGGUUCCUUGUUGUGAGCCGGAAAGUACACAAAGACCAGCUCAUUGGUCAGCUUUUACAGGAGGGACAGGUGGGACGAUACGAGCUUGUGAAACCUCAGGCCUCACAUUAAUUAGCAUGCACAGCAGCAAAAAAACAUGUCAUUGGCUUGAACUUUAUAACAUAUCACACACAAGUGUAACUGAUACUUGGUAAUACUUGUUUGUGACAUAUGUACAACACACUAAUAAAGGACACUUUCAGGUAA